AUGUCGACCGCCAGCGACCAAAAGAGACAGGCCACACUGUCUUCCAGUGGACGAGGUGUACGGCUGGCAGAAGAUGCACAGCCGAAAAGGAAGCGAGCACCAAAAGCCAAGGACACGAGGCCAACAAAGCAAGCAGCCUUUGCCUGGGGUCGAUCAUCACAGACUCUGCCACUUGAGGAUGCAGGCGUCGACGGCAAGCGGGCAGCCGCCAGUGACAACACUAUGGCCAACGAGGCAGCAGCCAUCAUCGACGACGCGAGCAAGACCAGCGAGUCAGCCUUCGCCUGGGAUCGAGCAUCAACGACUAUGCCACUUCAGCAUGCAGGCGUCGACGGCAAGCGGGCAGCCGCCAGCGACAACACAAUGGCCAACGAGGCAGGAGCCAUCAUCGACGUCGCGAGCACGACCCAGCAUUUAGACGUAUGGGUAGACGAGGAUGACCGAGUCAUGUUGGUGCAAGACGUCACUCGGGCAGAUAACGUAAAGGACACAUGGACUGGUGGAGAGCAUGGCGCUAUCUUGCUCGAUGACGGCGAUUAUCUCGACACGAACGACAUGACUCCAGAUGAAAUAGCUGCAUGGGCGACGCACAUGGAUUCUGAGAGUACGGCAUCCAUCAACGCUCCUUCGGAGGCCAGGCUCGCUGCAGUGCGGGCAGAAGUGCUGCAAGCUCUAGCCAUGAUGACCUGCGAGGCGCGGGAGUUCCUAGAAGAGACUGAGUAUGACCUGGAGUACGGACAGGAUACCUUCAACAUGCCCGGCUUAUUCCAAUCAUUCAAGAAGGAAGAGGCGAGGCGAAGCGGCAUGGUAGAAUCCCAUAUCGUCUCACCGUCAGGAUAUGCGACGUCCCUGUUGCAUCUGCAGCUGCACUACCCAACGUUCACGACAAAGCAUCUCAACGACGGUCAGACUCUAGACGCGACCAACUGUUGCAUCCGAAUCCUCAUCGAGAAGGGCUUCGUGGCGAGUAACACCUAUUGGUUUGAAGCGUACUUCCGCCGUCUGAGCGCGGCGUCCGUAAGUCACCUCGCGAAUGUUGCCGACGGGUGA